AUUACGUUACCGACUGCAUGACGUCAGACGCACGCAUAGUAACCAACAUGGCGACGGCGAAGCUUCACGGUAGCGAGGACAGAUAGCUGGCAGCUUGCAAAACAUCUGUGAAAGAUGAUAUCUAUGAAUAUAUAAUAAAAUAUAUUUAUUUAUCAAGUGUUAUUAACUCGACUGCAUUACCUCAGACGUUCAUUAUGAACGUUAAAAACGAUGAUUUCCGGUGAAACACGAGUAUUUUGAGCAUGAGGUUCCUGCGAGAGUUUCUCAUCAUGGACACUAAACCAGGAUACUGUCUUGCCGCAUCUGACAAACUGAUGAAUCAGUACAUGAUGAAAGACCACAUGUUGUCACAUUACAGAAAGCUGUAUUCAGCCAAAGCUGUUGUGGACUGUUCAGUGCCUAAAAGCAUGCAUAGCAAUGUCAAAUAUGUUGAUCAAAAGCGCCGUGAGCAAUUAAGGAAAGACACUCCGAGUCAAUCAGGAAGAUCCACUUCCCAGAGGAGCACUAGGAUAAACUCAAGAACUUCCUGUACUUCUAAGAAGAGCAGACCCUCUGUUCAGGGUGACGACAGUGCCUAUCAUUACCUGAACCAAUCUCUGAUGUCCUCACCCAGGAUCAGCACCUCAUUCCACUCCAAACAAAUCGUAUAUCCGUCCCCUGCGAACCAUUUCCCAUCCGCCUCAGAGCUGACGUACCCAAACCCUCACUGGCAUCCCGCGGGUCCAUCCUGUGCCACAGCCACCAGUCAGAGAGGAUACAGAAGCUUUCAGGAUCCCACACAGAAGACCUACAGCGGAGACGUUCUGCUGAAACACGCUCAUCGCUUCACUCAGGAGAAACCCUUCACCCCGAGAACGCUCAAAUCAGACCACAAGUCCACGCUCUUACAAUACCGCUAUUACACACCUCCACGGAGGAAAGCUGAGGAGGAGAAAUCCUCCUCUAAAAUCUUCCGACAGGAGACGUACCACGGGAGCACACGGUCCAAACGAGGCUUUUCUCCACAGCUCGAGUCCCAGCCAUUUACUCUCGAUCACGAGUGGUCGGAUGAAGAAACAGAUUCAUUUAGACAUCACGGCAAGACAAGCAGGUUUAGGGACGGUGAUUUUCUUCUCUCGUCUUCCAGGAUUUCACCGGAAGGCAUGAGGUCUCCCAUAAUGAGAAAGGUUUCAGCAGAGGAGGAAGAAUUAAUGUACCUGGAGUUCAUUACAGACGUGACGAAUGAGAUCUUAACGCAAGGCCUUUACUCUGACAGGGUACUGAAGAGAGUGUUUGAACGUCACAUUGAUAUGAACAGACAUCGAUUAGAUGAGAACAAAAUGCGGCACCUUCUAGACAAUCUGCAGGAGGAUCUGCGAAGUCCCCCUGCUGCCGCCGUCACGUCGUACAGUCCUGUCAUCUAUCAGAUGCUGCCAUCAGAUGAUGGUGAUGAUCUGCUUCAUAAAGUGUUUAACGUGGACCGAGGCCAGAGCGAGGACGUCACUCCCGCUGUAGCGUCCACACCUGUGAACCACAGUCGAGCCGGUCUGGAGGACUGUAAUGAAGGCAGCGAGAUCUCCCUGAAUGAUGACACACAUCUCAAUCCCAGGAACACUGCAGACGAUAAUGAGGUGUCAGAACAGGUUGAUGAACUUGGGAAAAUCAUGGUGGAGUCUUUAAGUGUGUCAGAACCUCGACAGCAAGUGUUUGAACAGGAGCAGACGAGAGGAGACAUCAGCGAUGAUGAGUUUUAACUCAUAAAAGCACACUGAUUUUUGCUUUGUCACACUGUAAUUGUGUGCAGUUUCUGCAGAAUUUCAGAUUUCUGUUUUGUUUACUUUUUUAAUGUUAUUUUACUUUUAUACAGAAACACCACGUGUGUUCCAUGAAGUGAUAGUUAUACAGUAUUUCAGCAUGUUAUGUGCAGUAUUCAUUACUUUCCUGAAUUUUUCAGCUCUCAAUUUGGGCAUUUAUUGGUUAUGUAGUCUGGUUAGGAUUCAAGAGAUUUUUGAAAUGCAAAACCGUUUGUGACUUAGUUUUACUACUUUGAAUUGGUUUACUUUUACACAACAUGUACAAGUGCAGUAUUCAUAUUCAGUGAUGCACUUGAUAUAGUGGAAUUUAUUUAAACUGGAAGAAAUUUUGAAAGACUCAUAAUUAAUCAAAAGCUUGUGUCUGUCUCAAAUACAGUCAUUUGUUUUAGUUUUUUUAAGAUUAAAUAUUGCAGUAUUCAGGUAGAUUGGUUUAGUGAUCAGAAGAAAGCUGUCUGUAAAGGUAACCACGAGUGGCUUACACAGUUAUUUGUACUUUGAACACGUGUUUUUACACUGAAAUAUACAAUUUAAUUAACAGUUUUCUUUUAGCAGCUGUUGAUUUAAUUUGCCUUUUAACU